AUUUUGAUGCGGGGCUGGGGCGGAGGCGGCUGCUGGGGGCCGGGGAUGGUGCCGCUGCCUCGGGUAUCGCCGUGACUCCCUGGGGGAGGCGAGUGGGGCCGGCCGCGGGCAGGGGCGCAGACGGCCCUGCCUGGAUGCGGGGCCAGCGGCGGAGCCCACCCGCGUCCCUGCGGUGACGGGAGCCGGGCUCGCCUCCCCCCUCCCCGCCGCGGAGGAACCGAGCGGUGAGGGCCGCGGGGGGGGGCCCGGUGCUCCCUCGCUACCGCCCCGGGUGGAGGAGCGGAGGCAGGGGAGAAGAUGAGCAGCGAGGCGCUGUGGCUUUUCAAGCAGCUGAACCUCCACCUGGAGCAGGAGGGGCGCUUCCAGCCCCGCGAGAAGGGGCUCAGCCUCAUCGAGUGCGCCGCCGAGAAUGAAAACACUCUGUGCCCCAGACAAAGGAAUGCCAAGGUGGAAGAUCUUUGGAGCCUCAACAACUUCUUCGGGUUUGCAACGGAAACGUUUGUUUUGGCCGUUAACAUUCUGGACAGGUUCCUGGCUCUCAUGAAGGUGAAACCAAAGCAUUUAUCUUGCAUUGGAGUUUGCUGUUUCCAGCUGGCUGCCCGGGUGGUGGAAGAAGAAUGCAAUAUCCCCUCUGCUCACGAGCUCAUCCGGAUCAGCCAGUGUAAAUGCACCGUCUCGGACCUGAGGCGGAUGGAAAAGAUCAUUUCAGAGAAGUUGCACUUUGAAUUUAAAGCUACUACUGCCUUAACCUUCUUGCACUUGUACCAUACUAUUGUACUCUGUCAUACCUCAGAAAGGAAAGAAAUGCUGAACCUUGACAAAUUGGAAGCACAGCUAAAAGCUUGCAAUUGUCGUCUGGUCUUCUCAAAAGCAAAACCAUCUGUCUUGGCCUUGUGCCUUCUCACUCUGGAAGUUCAGACUUUGAAGUCUGUUGAGCUGUUUGAGAUCCUGCUGCGUGUUCAAAAGCAUUCGAAGAUCAGUGAUAGUGACCUACUUUACUGGAGGGAGCUGGUCUCCAAAUGCCUGGCAGAUUAUUCUUCUCCUGAGUGUUGCAAACCUGAUCAUACAAAGCUGGUUUGGAUCGUGUCGAGGCGUACAGCCCAGAAUCUACAAAACAGUUACUACAGCGUUCCUGAGCUGCCAACCAUCCCAGAGGGUGGAUGCUUCAGUGAGAGGGAGAGUGAAGACUCCUGUGAAGAUAUGAGCAGUGGGGAAGAAAGCCUCAGCAGUUCUCCUCCAAGUGACCUGGAAGGCACCUUCUUCUUUGAACUCAAACCUCCAGCAAAGUGGCAACAACCUCUUAACUGUCGCUCUUGAUUGUGCUGGGUUGAGAUUUUAAAUGCACAGUAGAGGCUUUUGGCAAUAAUAAAUGAGGUGGUAAACUGUAGUAAGGCAAAAAUUGCUGUGGUCUGUCAGUGCUUUGAAUGCCUGCCUUGGUUUUUUCAUUGUAAUUAAGGAAGAAAAAAAUCCUAUUCAGGUCCUCAGUGAAAACCAAACUCUAAUGAGUAGUUCUGUUGUCAAGAAGUAUAAAUGCUCUGGUAGCUGGUGGGCCAAAAUGCUUAUUAGCAUCUAAUUGUGGACUGUGUUAACAGCUGCAUAACAGACUGAGGGGAGUAAGGUUUUGUUUUCCCUUUGCUUGGCUUCAUCCCCCUUUGGGCUCAAGAUGUUGACCAAUUUGUGCAAGUCCAGCAGGAAGCUGCCAAAAUGCUUCAGCAGUUUUGGGCACAGGACCUGUGGGGAGAGGCUGAGCAAAAGGAGGUUGUGUAGCCUUUGAAGGGUUGAACAGCAGCCUCUGGUGUGGAAGAGGAGAUUGCAGAGGAGAUGAUUUCAGGGUCUUGACUGAGAAGCAUAGAGUGAGGAUGAGAGGCUUUAAACUGUGAAGUUCUCAGUUCAUAGAGGUUUGCUCCAUGGGGAGAUAGCCAAGCACAGGAAUGGUCCAGGCUUUUUUCUGGGAGGUUCUUGAGUUUCAACAUGGUAAAACCCAGAGCUUGGUGUGAAUUCAGCUUUGAGCAGCAAGAUUAAAUUAAAGUCAUCUUGAGGGCACCUCCACUCCUUGAUGUUGGGGCUUACAUCCAGCUGUCCAGAGCAGGUGAUGUGGAAUGAGGCAAACACAGUACCAGGCUGUGGUGAUGUAGUGUCAAAUGGGCCAGGUGCUGAAACUGCUUUAAUGCUCUGCUUCUUUGCAGCUGGAUCUUGAGCUAUGUACCCCAAGAGGGUUUUUCUUUGGAGGAGCUUGGUUUUUAGCAGCUUAAGGAAUCCCAACAGGAGUGUGCAUGGCAAGGAGGAGCAGUAAUUUCCUCUGAAGGAUAGGCUGAAGUGAGCAAUUCCUUAUUUUCUUUGACACACCUGUUUCUACACUGAAAUCCAUGUUGUGUUCCUCAGUGUUCCAACUCUUCCCAUGCCAGGCCAUCCUAUUAGACUUAUUAACAUGCUAAAGCUUGAUAAGUCUGCAUUCCUUUGCCCUAUUUAACCCUUGUAGUUGCUUUGCAGUAUAGUCAUACUACUAUUAUUAUUACUGAGUCAUUAAUCAGACUUGUUUGCAUGCUUAUGUAAAAAGCAGUUAGUGCAAGGAAAAAAGUUGCUCUUUUGCAGUCCAAUCAGGUCAAUGUGACGUCGAUGAAGUAGUUGAUGUAAUAAUGGCUUUGUUUUGUUUUCCUGACCUGUUUUUCCUUCCUUGAAGCACAAAUUGAAGUAUGGUUGUGUGUAUCUCCUUGCUGAAGAAGGUAGGAAAGUAAAGGAGGCAGGAGACUAAAUUAGCUGAGAGUAAUGAUGUGAAGUGUGGUGGUGCCAAAGUAGAAAUGAAGAAGCCAAGAAGCUCAAGGCUGUUUUGUAGAAGGGUGGGGAGGGGGAAAAUGUUGUUUUAGGAUGGGAAGAGCAGUGCUGUAAGUUGAUAACUGUUCUGUGAUUUCUAAAAUAAUUAAAAGUUUACAAAAAAUGUAUAUAAAAAUGUAAAUGGGGGAAAAAAUGUACAGGGAAAAGAAGAAAAAAAAAAACCCCAAAGCCCCAAUUUAAACCAAACCUCUGGGUGGCAAAUACUGUAUUUUUUUACACUGUAUGUAACUUUUUUUUGUAGGUAUGUUGCAUGUAGAUAGUAAUUUAUUGUGCUCCUCUGUAUGAUAUAAAUACUGUACAUCUGAAAAGGCUUCUUCCUGCCAGGAGAGCUCCCUUCUGAAAUGGAGUACUUGGGGGUGCAGGUAGUGGACCUACUGAGUCUUGUUUGAGAACAAAAAUAAACCAAGUGCUGUUAUUAA